GGAUCUGUGUGAAGUGCGGGAAGGGGGUAUAUGGCGUGAGCCAGGCCUGUCAGGCCAUGGGAAACCUCUACCACACCAACUGCUUCAUCUGCUGCUCCUGUGGGAGAAGACUGAGGGGGAAAGCGUUUUACAACGUGAAUGGGAAGGUUUACUGUGAGGAGGAUUUCCUGUACUCAGGGUUCCAGCAGACGGCAGACAAGUGCUUUGUGUGUGGUCACCUGAUCAUGGAGAUGAUCCUGCAGGCUCUGGGCAAGUCCUACCACCCGGGCUGUUUCCGCUGUGUGGUGUGUAAUGAGUGUCUGGAUGGCGUCCCGUUCACAGUCGACGUGGAGAACAACAUUUACUGUGUCAAGGACUAUCACACGGUUUUCGCCCCAAAGUGUGCGUCAUGUGGUAACCCCAUCCUCCCGGCACAGGGUUCAGAGGAGACGAUUCGAGUCGUCUCAAUGGACAAGGAUUACCAUGUGGAGUGUUACCAUUGUGAGGAUUGUCGGCUCCAGUUGAACGAUGAAGAAGGCCAUCGCUGUUACCCGCUGCACGGGCACCUGCUGUGUCACGGCUGCCACAUCCGGCGGCUCAGUCUACCUUCACCCCCGCCCCCCGGGUACCAGCUGCACGUCACUGAGCUGUGAUGUGCAGAGGCUGGUGCACAACAAGGACUGGCAAAGGCUUGGUGCAAACAGCGGCCGAGGUGGAGUGGCCCAGUGCCAGGACAGGCCCCGCCCCUGCGGGGGUCACAACCUGAGAGAGGAAACGAGGUGGUGAUGGCGGCUGACGUGCGGUGACACACACAGCGCCGGCCGGACUGCGGAAGGUUCCGGUAUCCAGCGGCCAAUGGCAGCCACGACUGCCCAUCAAAUCAUUCCGAGCGUCCGCGAUGGCAGCUAUGCCCCCCCCCCACCACGCUGCCCCCCGCGCCAUCUUAUGAGUUAAUUUUAUAUUUAAAGAAAAUUCCACAUAUAAUGUUUUGUCACGGUGACCAAAGUAGCGUUACCCCUGCUCACUGGGCCCCGGGCUCCCCCCCGAGGUCCCAGCCGCCUCACUUAACCGAUAGCAACUGUCCAAACCUGACCACAGCCGCUAACUCCACAGUAGUGAUGCUUAACCAGAUAAUUUGGCACUUAUUAACCCAUUCCCUUCCUGUAAUAACUAAUCUCUCUACACGGUACCUUAUACACAACCACAGUAAUGCGAGGCAAGGGGAAAGCUCGCAGGUUUUAAACUUUUUUUUCCUUUAUAAUAUCUGGUAGGUGAGUGACCUGGCUCUAGCCUCACCAGGGGCUGGGGGGUGAUGGCGGAGCAGGAAUACACCCUUUCUGCCCUGUCUGCUGCUGUUGCUAAACCGUGUAACCCGGGAUCAGUGUGUACCGGGGGGGAGUGUACCUGGUGUAGGUUGGUGGGAUGGUACAUUAGUGAUAUUGGAGCGUGGGGAAUGGUGUACAUUCCUGAUUUAUGUUUCUCCCUCUCCCCCGCCCCCCAAUUUACUUUCCUGUGCUUUAGUUCAUCCCAGAAGGCCCACGGACUGGGGUGGGGGGGCAGUGAAGGUCAGACAGCCAGUGCUGCUCUUGUGAUGAGAACCUUGCCCCCCCCCCCACCAAACACUUCAUGUUAUCUAUGAUCAGUAUGAGGGCCAUGGGACAGUGUGUGUGUGUACUUGGGAGGAAGUGUGUGUAGGGUGAGUGUAUAUAUGUGUGUGAGGAGGAGUGUGCUGUGGUGGGAGGGGGGAGAACAGCUGCUGAAAAGUUGAGCCGUUCGUCCCCUUCACAGAGAAACGGCUCCACCUCAGCUUCCGGCUCUAAACAGCCAAAUGUGCAGCCGCCUGACUGACCCCCACCCCAGCUCUCUAACCCCAUCUGUCCCUGUCCCCCA